UUGUGUAAACGUCCAGUAGACAUUGCUUUUGCAAUAGAUGCCUCAGGUAGCGUUGGUCACUGGGGAUUCUUUAAAGAGAAAGACUUUGUAAACAGAGUUGUGCGCAGAUUUGGUAUCUCCCGGACAGGAACGCAUGCUGCGGUCAUAGUUUACAGCACAAAGGCGCGCUUAGAAAUACCAUUCACUAAAUACAACAACUACGCGAGAUUUUACCUUGCUGUUCGGCGCCUUCCCUACUACAGGGGGGUAACAAGAAUUGACCUAGCCCUGAAAACAGCCGCCCAGGAUGUUUUUUUAACAGAAGGAGGAGCGCGGAGAAAUGUUCCUAAAAUUUUGAUAGUGAUGACAGAUGGAUAUCAAACUCGUACGACGGACGCUGUUCCACUGGACAAGGCAGUACUGCCCCUAAAAGCAAAGGGAGUUAAGGUGUACGCUCUUGCCAUAGGACCCUACACCAAGGAUUAUGAACUGAGGUUGAUCGUUGAGAAAAAUGAAAAUGUUUUUCGUUCCAACUCGUUCUCUGGUCUUGCCCAUGUAAUAAGACGAUUGGCAACAACGACGUGCAUAAAU